UUCUGGCAAAGGGUACUUACUUUUGUCGGCACGUGGUAACGAAAAUUUCGUUGAAAUCGCCGUGUAACAUGGAUGAAUAUCCAAAAUAUACAGAAGAGGAGCUGCAAAGGCUUUCCUACAGGUCUUUGCAGCGAUUAGCUAAGUCUAUGGCUCUUCCGUCCAACGUAAAGAAAGUAUACCUAGUACAGCUGGUAUAUGCGAAGACAAACAAAACUGAAGCGGAGGUGGAGAGCAUAGUACACCGGGUACGAUGGGAGCGACAGCAAGUAGCUCACACCAGCAAGAAGAGGGCUAAUAAGAAACAAAUGCACUUGCAGUCUGUUCUUCAGGCCAUGGAAGUCUCAUCAACAAACAACACUUGCCUCUCCCCUCCACUCGACUUAACACCAAAACGUUCAGCAUCACAAACCAGCCCAGAACUACCCAAUCUACGUAGAACCCUGAUCAAAGUCCAAUCGAGGCAACCUCAACCUUUCAACCGGUCCCCAAACAACCGAAGUGACCGUAUCUUGAGAAGCUACAACAUGAAGACAUAUAGAAGACCAAAUUAUUCUUUGAUAAGUAACUCUAUGAUUGGUUUAGUGAGAGCUGAUGAUGAACCGAAGGAAGCUCAGAUUAGUAUUGUGAGCCGCGAAGGAAGGUAUCCAAGAUUGAAUGUGGCUGCUCGGUGUGUCGUGAAGAAGUUCCGGCCAAGUCUCCUGAGUAGCAUGGCCAUGAAGAAAGACAGCUUGUUGGCACCUCAGGUCGCUGAGUGUUCACUAGUUGUGCCAGCGAAACGCAAGCGGACAUUGAGUGGCAUCUACCCUAUUUGUGGACCUGAACAUCCGCUGAAGACAAACUACGAAUUCAUACAAAGCAUUGGUUUCAGACGUACGGACGGCAAGAUCUCCAAAAUAAAUGCAGUUGUCCAAAAGCCAAGUACAAGUUACAAUGUUGAUACUUUCGAGACACCAGGUACCGAAGCCAGCUACAGAAACGUGGAAGUGACUAUACAGGAUAUUAUAAACAGCAACAUUGACGCACAAACAUUUACAAAUCCAAAUGUGUCGGAGUAUAUGAUAACUGAUUCGAGUGUCCAUAAUUAUCCAAAUAUGGCGGGCCUGAGUGACGUCAUGCCUUGUCAGAAGACUUCGUUCACUGAAGAGGAAUCUGUGAAUUCAUAUUCUGUUUACUAUCACAAGAAGAUUCGAGCUGAACAGGUUCGAACCAAAAGAACAGUUCCGGUAGUACCAAGGAACUUGGCCAACGAACAUUGCCUGCCGAAGAUCAACGAUGUGUUUAGCAAGUUCUCCGACAGAGACCUGAUGCAGCCACUGUACGUGCAAGUUAGCGAGGAGAGUGAGAGGUUACCAAAGUUCCCGACGUCCUACCCCCGCGGCCUAGAUGUACUGGAAGGGCUGUACAACUUGCGCGCGCAGUUCAUGUCUGAGCAGCCGGCGCUGCAGGUGCUGUCCACCACCAGCAGCACCUUCCUCGUGUACAGCACUCCCACCAUCACCACACCACAGGUGCAGCAUAGCGUGACGCCGGCCGGCGAUGCUUGCCAAACGUCUUCGUUCGAACAGCCGAGUCAGUCUGCGAUGUUCGCGGGUACUAGUGACGAGGUGUCUCGAGUCAGUGACCUCAUGAGGUUCGCUGAACAAGAGAUGACCCUACGGAGGUAUCAUGAAGCGCUAUGCACAUCGAAUUCAUCGCUAGACACACUGAGAAGUCAGGAUAUGUCUACAUCAGCGACCAUACCUGAAAUGGUGGAGGACGCUCUCGAAAUCAUCAGUCAAGAUGGAGACUAUCUGGAGAGGAUAGGUAUGGAUGUGAGGAUGCAGUGUAUUCUGUGCUCUUGGGCUGGACCCAAGAUCAUUCUAGAAUACCACAUCAGACAGGAACAUUCAGGACAGAUUGUUAAACAAGACAAGAAUGAAUGGAACGUGACAUACAAACUGGGCAGCCUUGUCAACCAGGACAUGUGGCUGAGCCACGUGAGCGAGCGAGACGGCGCUCUACACAUCCUGAGCGUCAAGUACAACGACCCAGACUGCUUCAUGGCCUCCAUAUCUACAUUAUCAUCAGAGUCAGAACGCAGGAUUGGCACAAUAACCUUAUACAACAAGGUAACAGGCGAGCCCUUCACAUGGCAAGGCGAAAUACCACAACUACCCUCAAACAUGCCCUAUGAAAAUGGACCGGACUGCCUCAAAAUCGAAUUAUCCAAACUAGAACUUUUACCCAACAGUGCAAAUAUAAAACUACACAACAGGUCUUUAGUUCUAAACUCGCCUAGCAAAGUUGUCGUUGGACAACCUGAACUGAAUGACAUACAUAUUAUUAUAUUUAUUAAGAUGCAAAAUGCUUAAAUCAAUCGAAUAGUUUUGGAUAUAUUAUUAAUUCAGAGCACUAGAAGUCAAUAACCAUUCGUAUAACCCGAAAAGUAUCAAAGAAUGUUUUGUUAAAUUCUAAUUCAUAUGUUCAGUCGGUAACAUAGUUUGAAUAGUCAAUUUUUUACAUAACGAACGUCGAUUAUAAAACUACUGUAGCCGAGGAAAACUGGCAUGAAAAACCUCGGCACAGGGCCCUAGACGUUCUUAAAAAAACACAAAAUAUUAUAAUAAAAUUCAGUAAUUUGGCUGCCUAAUAUUGAUUCCCAGAUAGUUAAUUCCUUACAUUCAUAUCUUCUAAAUAACCACUAACCUAUAAUAGGUAACAUUUUUUACAAAGUUUCCGUUUAAUCACCGCCUUAAAACUGUUCAAAGAUCAUUUGCAAAUAUUCGAUUUAAACUUGUAUGAAGUAGUAUGAACUAAUUAAGUCAUUCCUCCGUUAUUCCAUAUUCGUUAAGCAAUUUAUUAUAAUAUUGAACUAUUAGUAAAAUAUUUAUUUACAGAUUUAAUGUUUUUACUAUUACUUAUAUAUUAAACACAUUAGUUAGUAAUUCAGUUUUCAAUAAAUUACAAAACAUUUCUGGAUAUUUUUGUGGUGAUACGAAUGCUAUAUUAUCAAAACAGAAAACUUGGUGAGGAGUGGGUACUUAGUUCUGACUACCCCAAUUGGGAAUGAACUUAUAUUAUGUGAGACAAAUAAAUAUUGGCUUCUGGAGGUCUGAAAUUGACCCUUUUAUAUCCUCACAAAAUAUUAUACCUGUACGGUCACGAAUACUAAUAUGUAUACACUUUGAAACCUUGUCACAUUAAGUUUUUUGACAAAUUAAACCGUAAGUCUCAUAGAAUGUCAAAUAUGAUAGUGCGACAGGGUUCUAAAGUGGGUACAGUCAUGAGCAAUAUAAUGUACCCACUUUAGGACUCUGUCGCACUAACAUAUUUGACAUUUAGUGAGACUUACAGUUCAAUUUGUCAAAAAAGUUAAUGUGACAUGGUACCAAAGUGUAUACAUAUUAAUACUCGUGACCGUACACGAUAUUGCUCAUGACUUACGUUUCCUUGCGUCAAAAUAAGUACUCAGAAGUACUAGUUAUGUACGUAGUAAUAUUUUUAUAUUAUAGUUUUUUUUUCCAACAGAAUACUUCCUUAAAAAUGUCAAAUCAAAUCCUCAAAUCUUUUUCCUCUAGAAAAUACUGGUAACGUUUUAUUUUUAUUGUUUUUUUUAUAUGGUUCCGUAGUCAAAGGGUAAACACGGGAACACUAUUAUUACUUCGCUGUCUCUGUCCGUCCGUCUGUCUGUCACCAGGCUGUAUCUUAAGAACUGCGAUAGGUAGGCAAUUGCAAUUUUCACAAAUUAUGUAUUUCUGUUGCCGCCAUAGCGACAAAUACUAAGAGCCUGUCCAGGUGAGGCGUUUUACGCGCGUUGUAUAUACCACAGAGCACUUAACACCAUACGGAUACCACCGCAUGUAGGAAUCUAUCUCUCCCUUAGGUCGGUCCCUCAUAUCUGCGGAUCGUGGUCAGCAUCAGGGUUGCUUCUUGUACGCUUCAUGCUGACUCUCUUGGGAAAAUAGAAGCAGUGGUUUCCCGUUGCCUUCUGCACCAGACAUUUUUGAAGUGUCUGGUGCAGAAGGCAACGGGAAACUCUACGGUCGGUUGCCCGACCGGUGGUAUGGUUAUUAGCUUCCAAACGUUUUUUUCGAUUCUGCUCCGCACCACCCAAAUCCCCUGGUAGUUGCGGCUUCCGAAUACAUUCCGCUUAAGGACGGUACUGAAAAGUAUCGGCGUCUAAAGGACGUAAUAUACGACCCCGACGACCCGAUUACUCUAGCCAUAGAGGCAGCCAAUCAGCUCGCGACUCCAAACACUUCAGAACCCCGAUACCGACCCCGCCGGCGUGGUCGACGAUUUCCCUCAUUCAGCGCUUAUCGCUAUUGACCCACUAGGGUCGAUUAAUUCUUUCAAAUAUUUUUCCUCUCAGACGACGCCCUGAGCCGAGGUUCGCGCCCAACUGGGCACCCUCAGGCCUGUUGUCUUAAACGUUGUACCGGGUGAGAGCCUUCAGCGCUCCCCAUUUGUCCGGCCAAGUAGUUAAUGCCAUCUGCGGCAAAUCUACAAUAAGUCACGUCAAAAAAAAAGGUGGUAUGGUUAUACCGCCAUUGCUCGGUCGCCAGAGCCUCGUCCGUUAUCCAGCAGGGAGUACCGCGGCGCCCAGGGGACACCGCCGCCAGCGACUCAUAACGAAGCACCGACCCGCGCAGGUGAGGUUGGCAGUUGGGCCGGAUGUAGGUGUCCUUUCCAUUCUCCCCUUAAUCCCCUAGUAAUUUGAUUACUUUGUAGGAAUCUAUAAAGUAAUCAAAUUACUCUGUGGUAUGAAAACGCGAGUAAGUCGCGCCUUCUGGACAAGGACUAAAAAUAAAAGAAUAAGGGGGCUCCCAUACAACAAUCGCGAAUUUUUGCCCUUUUAGCCUCAAUAGUAGCAACAGGUAGGCGAUAUGAAAUCUGUGCACCUACUGUUGUUUACCUAGUCAAUGGUACGGAACCCUUCGUUAAGUCCGACUCGCAUUUAGCCGGUUUUUAAUAAGGUCAAUGUUUCUAGUUGUUUGUUAAGAUUUUUAUCAUCUUACGCAUGUUAUUAAGUCGUUUUCCUUUUGUCAUGUAGGAACUCAAAUAUGUUUCUUUAUAAUUAAGUUGUAAUAAGAUAAUCCGCACUGAGGCAUUGUGUUGGAGUAUGCUGCAUACAUACGGUUGAUGUACGGUCACGAGCAUUAAUAUGUAUACACUUUGGUACCAUGUCACAUUAACUUUUUUGACAAAUUGAACUGUUAGUCUCACUAAAUGUCAAAUAUGUUAAUACGACAGAGUCCUAAAGUGGGUACAUUAUAUUGCUCAUGACUGGACACCUCGCGGGUUAAAAAGGCAAAAUUGAAAGCAAUAUUGCAAUUUGAUAUUUGCGCGUAUGAAAGUAAGUGCGCAAUGUCAAGAAACGUCAAAUAGCAAUAUUGCUUUCUUAGAUGAGUCGCUUCAAUGUGGCCUUUUUGACCCCGCUGUACCCAGCAGUGGGACUUAUAUAUUAUGUUUUUGUUAUUGUAAGAUAAUCUGCCUUUAUUGUCUUUUGUUCGAUAAGUGUGUGAUAGCUGCGCUAUCUGAUAGAUAAGUUCUGGAUUGGACCGGGCAUUUUAUCGGCAAGUACUGAAAGAAAGUUUGGUUGCCUUGUCACGUGACAAAAAGAAUGAAAUUUAAACUUAAUUUGGCAGGACUAAAACUAACUCUAUCCCUUUCUUGCACUUAUUUUGAGUGAAGGAACUACUUUACGAGCUGUCAAAUUAAAAUUGGUUAAAUUUUGUGUUCAGAAUAGGCACCAUUGCAUUCCUUACUAUAAUUAUUUUGUGUUAAUUUUCUUUUUCAUUCUUUUAUAGUAUAUGAUAUUACGCAUGACAGGAAGUUCAUCUAAAUCAAUAGCAGGGUAUUACGAACUAUAAAGUUUCUAGUAUAAGGUUUAAAGUGCUAUAAUAUUUUUAAGUGUAAAAUAAUGUUAAGACUGAUUCUUUACCGUACAAAAUGAUCUGAGGACUUUAGAUAGUGAUUUAUUAGUCAAAAUACAGGACCCAUUGUUCUGAUGUUCAUUAGCAUAGUGAUGUGUCAGUCGGCAUUAGGCCGUGGAUCCUGUUCUAGUUAACGGUAUCGACACUUAACUUUUAAAGAUUAUUUCUGUAGAGUUUCUUGCGCCGCUUCUUCUCUUCAGUCGUAACACUUUCCGAAGCGGUAGUAGUUUUAUAUUAAUCUUGUUCAGUCACGAGCAUUAAUACUCACACACACACACAACACGCAUGCUCCCACAUUAUACAGAGACACACACCACACACACACCACACACACACACCACACACACACCACACACACACCACACACACACCACACGCACACCACUCACACACCACACGCACACCACUCACACACACCACACACACACCACACCAUACACACACACCACACGCACACCACUCACACACCACACGCACACCACUCACACACACCACACCAUACACACACACACACACCACACACACACACCACACACACACACAUCACACACACACAACACGCAUGCUUCCACAUUAUACAUACACACACACACAACACGCAUGCUCCCAUAUUAUACAUACACACACCACACAUACAACACAUAUGCACCCACAUUAUACAUACACACACAUACACAUACACCCACACUACAUACACACAUACUGUACACACGUGUAUACACAUUAGUACCACCAUCCUCCUGCCCUUAUCCCACUCAAAGAGACAUGUUUUCGACUUCCAUUAGUUGUGUAUACACUUUAGUACCAUGUCACAUUAACAAAUUGGACUGUAAGCCUCACUAAAUGUCAAAUAUGUUAAUGCGACAGGGUUCUAUUGAUAUUGCUCAUGACUGUAUUUAUAUAUAUUUUUGAUACAAUUCUAUCCGUUUAUAUGUUUUUAUUGACUUGUUUUAAUGCGAAAAUGAUAUCAGUAGCACUUAUCACGUUUAAAUAAUCAUGUACAAAAUAAUUGUAAAGUGUACAUAAGAAAAUGACGGUUCCUAACAUUUUUGAUCUCAUUUUUGUUAAUUUUCACAGUUGAUUUUGAUUAAAAAGUUAUAUUAUA